AUGGCGGCAACUGCGCCGCCGGCUGACGAUGACACCGAAAUGAGACCUCCCCCGGAUGUGGUUGACAGCGACCAGGAUGCGGAGGGAGAGGAGGAGACGGAUUUAUAUCAGAUGGAUCAACAACUCCAGGAUGCUGUGCAUAGGGCAUACUCGGGAGAGAUUGCAGAAGAAAGCAACAGUGCUAGCCGCGAGGAUGAUAAAGAUGCGGACGGGGAGCCGGAUUCUGAUAUGGACUUCAACGGCGAAAAUGAUGAGACUGAACCGGUGGGAGCUGUGAAGUUACCGAAAGGGAAAUCUUCUUUGGAUAACGAGGAUGCAGCCGAUACAGCCUUCGAGAACCAAAGUGACAGCGACCACGACGCAUCCGGCUCUAGUUCAGGUAGCCAGGAAUCCGAUGAGGAGGAUGAUGAUGAGGAGUGGGAUGGUGAGAGUAAUGACCAUGAUGACGCAGAAGUGGAUAACAACACGGUGCGCGGUAACUGCAUAUUUUGUGGACAAGAUGAAGACCACGAUCCGAGCGAAGACUUUGAGGAGUAUUUGACAUGCACAGUUUGUGGCGAUCACUCUCACCGGCAAUGUGCCCGCGAGCAAAGUGCAUUAAGUGAUGUCGAAGAUGCCAACACUUGGAGAUGUCCUACAUGCGUUCGGGAAAAGCUGGAGCCAAACUCUGAGGGCAAUGGUUCCCAUCGAAGGCUCGGCCCGAAGAACAUGCGAAAAGAGCUCUUGCCAGCACAUACCGGAGAAGAGGGCUCUGGCUUUCACUCGAUUUUCAAUACUGUAGAUAUUGAUGAUGAUAACUUAUUGAACAGCUCGCGAUCGCUACGAAAAAGGAAAACCUUAUCAGCAGAUGUACAGGAGCAUACACCUGUGCUUCGGAAACGGCAGAGACAGACAUCGUUGCGGUCCGAGCGAGCUGAGUCGGGAGACCAUUUGGGCGAAGCCUCAGACGCCCUGUCUCCGGUACGGACUCGCUCUCGCCGUGUGCGGGGAGGGGAAAAGGAAAAUUGCCGCGUGGUAUUGAGGCAGUUUGGAAGGCUUGUGCUAGCUUUUCGACUCAACGAGACCAAGCUGUCUAAAAUCCUUAGUUCUCGCAGUCGGUCACAGCACAGGGGUCGAAGAACCCCGAAGCCACCCCCAGUGGCACAUGAACCCCCAGCACAUUUUGCUCCUAUUAUACCCGUAUCAUACAUUUCCCCUUUCUAUUCUUUCAACGAUCGCGAGAUGGACGAAUCUAAAUCCAAACCGUACGGUGGCAUUCUGUCCGAAGCGGACGCAGACACCACCAAGACUCUUCCGACGCAGCCGGACCGUGAGAGGUUCGAGGUAGCGCGACAAAGGGCCGAGGAAGAAUGGCAAAGACGUGUCAUGGAAGCCGAGAGCGGCGGAGAGCCUGUACAGCAUGCGGCACAGAAGGUCUCGGGUCCACCGUCCAGGAUAAAGUACAUCAAUUUUGGUGGCUAUGAGAUUGAGACCUGGUACGCAGCGCCUUAUCCAGAAGAAUACAGCCGCAACCGCGUGCUUUACAUCUGUGAGUUUUGCUUAAAGUACAUGAACUCGGAUUAUGUCGCGUGGCGCCACAAACUUAAGUGUCCGGCAAAGCAUCCGCCCGGAGAUGAAAUCUACCGUGAUGGCUCGAUUUCGAUCUUCGAAGUUGACGGAAGAAAGAACCCGGUAUACUGUCAGAAUCUCUGCUUGCUCGCAAAACUGUUUCUCGGGUCGAAGACUCUAUACUACGACGUUGAGCCGUUUCUCUUCUACAUCAUGACCGAAUUUGACGACUUGGGCUGCCAUUUUGUUGGCUAUUUUAGCAAAGAAAAACGACCCAGCUCCGCAAAUAACGUUUCCUGUAUCCUUACUCUGCCCAUUCAUCAGCGAAAAGGCUAUGGUAAUCUUCUCAUUGACUUCUCAUACCUACUCACGCGCAUUGAAGGGAAAACAGGGUCGCCCGAGAAGCCGCUUUCGGAUAUGGGUUUAGUAUCUUAUCGGAACUACUGGAGGCUUAUUCUGUCAUACCAGCUUCAUAAACAGAAGGCGCCACUUAGCAUCGUGGAGCUUUCGGAGCGGACAGGCAUGACAGCAGACGAUAUUGUUUCAGGCCUUGAAGCUUUGCGCGCACUUGUCAGAGAUCCAGUGACGAAGACUUAUGCAUUACGACUUGACUACAAAUACUUCGAAGAAUGCAUACAGAGUUGGGAAAGUAAAGGCUACGUUCAGCUCAAUCCUGAUGCUCUUGUGUGGACGCCCUACAUAAUGGGUCGAAGCAACCAGUCGCAGUUCGAUAGGGCUCCGAUACAUGCAGUUGCCCCACGGGAGGGCUUGGAAGAGGAAGAGGUCGAGGAUAUAAAGGAUUCUGGAAACGAGGAAGAGCAACAACUUUCAGAAAAUCUGGGCAAAGUCAAUGGAGAUGAUAACCCUCAACCAACCGUUAAUGGUGUUGCACAAGCUCUGUCCGGGGGACUUUCAGCUAAACCUGCCGGACCUCCUUCGACUGAACUUUUGACUAAUGGUGUCGGCCUACAUCGCACAGAACCAGCCACGGACUCUAACCCCACAGAGUCAAACCCAGUCCAAGAUAUACCAGCCUGGCGAUAUGAGGUUUACCCUCCUGUUCAGGCGCCUGUUGUCAAACGACGCCCAGGUCGACCCUUUGGCAGCAAGACCACUUACAACAAGGUAGCUGUCACUCCAUCAACUGCUCGCACUAGUGGUCGUAACACACCUAGAAGAUCAUCUGCACUAGCCUCUAUGACCCCUACUGCAAAUGCAUCUAGCGUCCGGCGCGGUCGAAGUGCAAGGAUACUAGACUCUCCUGCGGUUGAAUCAACUGGUCCCGAGAUUAACGGUGUCGAGAAUGACGACCAGCUGCCUGAUCAUGAGGAUACCAAUGGUAGGGAACAAGACCCAGCUCAACCUGAUGGAUUAUCGGAGACAGAUGCCCAAGCUACUCACACGGGAGACCAGGACGCACCGAGUCAGCUUAAUGGUAUCAACAGGGUGGAAACCAUGGGCACAGAGCUUCAUGUUACAGAACAAGUGACGCCUACCAAAGAAGUAAGUGCUGAGAGUACAGCCAAACUUACCCGAUCCAUGAACCGAAAGGCGGUGGUAGAAAAGUUCGAGUUCGUCAUUCCGGCAGAAGAUCAUGGUACUACGAACCAUAAUGCGGUGGUGGAUGAGCAUACAGAUGGGCCUAACGGGGUGGAUAAAGAUGGUGAUGCGAUCAUGGAGACAUGA